AGGUCAAGUAUCUUGACUUUCACUUGAAUCAAAAUGUGGCCAAAGAGCAUAAAAACUGGAAAAAUGCCAGAAAUCUGGUACCAUUAUUUGCAAGCGUAAUAUUGCUUUCGACUCACGGUUUGAGUGGUGGAAUCGACACGGUGACUUAUCUUGCACUGAUCUUUCAACGACUCAAAAUUCCAAUCAAUGGCAGUUUGAUUGGAGUGGUUUUUGCCAUAGGACAGGUCUUUGUGCUGGUCGUGUUUGCGUUGGUUGUGGAUAGGAUGCCACGAAAAUUCUACUUGAUUUUUUCGGCCUGCUUAACAAUUGCUUUGCUCGUUGCGACAUGCGUUUGCUUCUUCUUUGAAAAACGAAUUUUGGAGAUGAGCGGCAUGAACUGGGUGGUUGCUUCUUUCGUCAUUGGAUUUCUCACGGCAACAAACUUAGGUGUCGCUCCAUUAGGGUGGGUGGUUUCGGCAGAACUCUUGCCGACAACGGCAAAAAAAGUCGGACUAUCAGUGCUUCACGGAGCCCGAUGGUCUACUGGGGCCCUGGUCACCUACCUUUUCCCAAUCGUUUCUGAAAUCGCCGGAAUGCAGUACGUGUUUCUCUGGCACACUCUCUACAUGGUCUUCUACUUGGCCUUUGUCGCAUUCUUCGUCCCGGAGACCAAGGGCAAAACCGAGCCUGAGAUACAGCAGUUAAUUCAGCAACAAGUGCCUUGGCUUAUUUCCCCACAGCCGUUGCCACCGCGGAAUGACCCAGCUCCGACAGUCGAAGAAGAUUCAACAAAUGAAUGAAGAAAUAAUUCGCAAAACCAAACAUGGAAAAAUGUCCCCUGCGAUUUUGAAUUGUGUUUUUGAAACUCGACCGUAUUGAGAUUGAAAUAUUGAUGUCUUGCCUACGCCAGAGCAGUUGAUUAAAUGCAUAUUUCUUACA